UAACGCAAGAUCGAACGGCCUGGUAAAUCAUUCUCUGUAAACCCUAGGGCAUAAAUCCCACUCUCUCUCUCUAGAGAGAGUCAAGGUUUGAACUGUACAGGACCCAAGAUGUCGAAGUCUUGCAAGGGCCUGGCUAUGGAGCUCGUCAAGUGCCUCAGCGAAUCCGAUUGCGUCAAGGUGGAGAAGCGAUCGUACAGGGAGUGCGCUGGAGAGAAGAGCCCGUCCAUAUCCAGCGAGUGUGUGGGAUUGAGGGAGACUUACUUCAACUGCAAGAGAGGCCAGGUUGACAUGAGAGCAAGGAUUCGAGGAAACAAGGGUUACUGACUGGCUGUUCUUGUAGUUGUUGUGCCAACUUACGAAACUUUUUUACGUAAGAGGACCUCCAAACACGAUGUCUGAUUGGGUUGUAGCAAGUCAACUGCUAGGGCAUGGUUGGAUCUGAAGACUGCUAACAUCAUCCAAUUGCUUUCUUACUUCUGUGUUUUCUUUUCUUCAUUGUCAUGCUAACUGUAAGUCACUGGGGGGUGUGGGGAUGGCGUUGCAGGGGUUUGUUUUAUAGGGAACCUAGGAAGACUGCUGAACUUGGUGAUCAUAUCUCAUUAAAUAUGAACGAUUCAGUGGUUUAUUUUUUACAUCAAUGAUGAAAUAGAAUCCAAUAAGCAGAGAUUUAGUUCUGCACAACCUUAUUUUCUACCCA